GUCAUGACCACGUUGUUUCCAAUGUAUACCCUCGCUCUGGUUCCAAUCCCUCCCUCCGUCUCCGCUUACAGUAGAUCUAUCUAUCUUCCUCUCGCAAUCGCAGUCUCUGUCAGCAUCAGAUAAACGCGCUAGCAUGGCGCAAAGCGGCGCACCUCUCUUUCCGAAAGGAACCGUAUCCACGCACCUGUACCUGGUGUUGAUUUUAGCUCCGGCUUGGAUAGCAUUGCUGGGACCCACGCGAUGUGUCAGCGGCGUUUUGAACCGGAGCAGCGGGGAUCGUGCGUUUGACAGCGGCGGCGGCAGAGUGCUUAGACGGAGCUUUACUAAUAAUGAUGGAGAUCCGGGUGGUAGGGGAGUCGCACGCUUCAGGAGAGCGUUGUCCCAGGACAAAGUCUCCCUACUCAGCAGCUCAUUCGUGCUCAAAGGGGAUGCCACUCACAACCAGGCAAUGGUCCAUUGGACGGGGGAAAACAGCAGCGUUAUCCUCAUCCUGACUAAGUACUACCAUGCAGACUCCACCAAGGUGUUGGAAAGCUCCCUGUGGAGGUCCAGUGACUAUGGAACCACCUACACCAAGCUCAACCUGAUGCCGGGGACGACCAUCGUUGUCACCAACUUCUACAUUUGCCCCACCAACAAGAGGAAGGUGAUCCUCGUCAGCUCCUCCAUUAAUGAGCGGGACCAGAUGUUGUUCAUCAGCACGGAUGAGGGGGCCUCGUUCCAGAGGCAGCCUCUCUCCUUCACCGUGGAAACGCUCCUCUUCCACCCCAAAGAGGAGGACAAGCUUCUGGCCUACAGUAAGGAGAGAAAGCUGUAUGUGUCCACAGACCUGGGGAGAAAAUGGACUCUGCUACAGGAACGUGUGUCAAAGGAUCACAUUUUCUGGUCUGUGGAAGGUGUGGAUGUGGACCCUGACCUGGUGCACAUGGAGAUGCAGGACGCAAGCGGAGGCUUCCUGUACGUGACCUGCCUGAUCCAGAACUGCUCCGACAAAAUGGUGACUGCGCAGUUCCUGGGCAAGAUUGACCAGAAUUCCCUCUCUGUCCAGGAUGACUACAUAUUUGUGAAGGUUACCACGGGAAACCGCACUAAGUACUACGUCUCGUACCGUCGGAAUGAGUUUGUCCAGAUGAGGUUCCCCAAAUACGCCCUGCCAAAGGAUGUCCAGAUUGUGAGCACGGACGAGAACCAGGUGUUCCUGGCUCUGCAAGAGUGGUACCAGACCGACACGUACAACCUGUACCAGUCGGACCCGCAGGGCAUGUACUACUCCAUCGUCCUGGAGAACGUGCGGAGCACCAAACAGCCCGAGGAGAACGUCCUCAUCGAUAUCCUGGAGGUCCGCGGGAUUAAAGGCGUCUUCCUGGCCAAUCAGAAAGUGGAUGGGAAGGUGACGACCCUGAUCACCUACAACAAAGGACGAGACUGGAACCCCCUCACCCCCCCUUCAAGUGACAUGAACGGAAAGCCAGUCAACUGCAAGCCACCUGACUGCCACCUUCACCUCCACCUGCGCUGGGCAGAUAACCCCUACGUGUCUGGGACUGUCCACACCAAAGACUCCGCCCCCGGGCUCAUCAUGGGAGCAGGUAACCUGGGCUCCCAGCUGGUGGAGUACAAAGAGGAGAUGUACAUCACAUCUGACUGUGGAAAAUCCUGGAGACAGGUUUUUGAAGAGGAACACCACAUCCUUUACCUGGACCAUGGAGGGGUCAUUGUGGCCAUCAAGGAUACCUCCAUCCCACUCAAAAUACUCAAGUUCAGCAUCGACGAGGGCCGGACAUGGACUGUCCACAACUUCACCAGCACCUCGGUGUUCGUGGAUGGGCUCCUGAAUGAACCCGGGGACGAGACCCUGGUCAUGACUGUAUUUGGUCAUAUCAGCUACCGCUCAGACUGGGAGCUGGUGAAGGUGGACUUCCGCCAGUCUUUCCCCAGGCAGUGCACUGAGGCUGACUAUGACUCCUGGAAACUCACUGACCUGCAGGGAGAGCGUUGCAUCAUGGGACAGGAGAGGAGCUAUCGGAAGAGAAAGGAGUCCUCUUUCUGCAUCAAGGGGAAGAGCUUCACCUCCGCGCUGACGGCCAAGCCCUGCCAGUGCACAGAGAGAGACUUCAGCUGUGACUAUGGGUUUGAGCGUGCCCCGAGUUUGAAGACGGAAGGGGACCGCUGCUUCGCUGAUUUUUGGCACGACCCAGACUCCCCACCUGAGGACUGUCACCUUGGCCACAGCUACGCAUCCAGUACGGGCUACAGGAAGGUGGUUUCCAAUGUGUGUGAGGGGGGAGUGAACAAGCAGCAGAGCUCCAAACAGCACACCUGCCCUCUGCUGCCCCCUAAAGGCCUGCAGCUUGGCAUCAAGGGUCAGAUGCUAGCUGUGGCUCCCGGUGAUGACAUCACCUUCAUCGUCCACCAGGAGCAGGGUGACACCGCCAACACCAAGUACCAGGUGGACCUGGGUGACGGCGUGCGGGCCAUUUACAGGAACCUAACGGUUACGGACGAGCCCAUCCAGCACCGCUAUGAGAAGCUGGGCGUGUAUCGGGUCACGGUGAAGGCCGAGAACUCAGCGGGCCACGACGAGGCCACAGUCUACAUCCAGGUCAACGCCCCGCUACAGGAAGUCCACCUGGAAGUGGUUCCCAUCGCUGGGAGAAAUCAAGAAGUGAACCUCACCGCUGUGGUGCUUCCUGCUGCCACCAACCUGACUGUCUUCUACUGGUGGAUUGGUGACAACCUUCAGCCUACUCUGUCUCUGGAGAACAGCAUGAUCACCAAAUUCACUGACACAGGAGAGGUGUCCGUCACUGUCCAGGCCUCGAACGGUCGCUCCAUGGUCCAGGACACAAAAACUGUCCGUGUAUUUGAUCAGUUCCAGGUCAUCCCGCUUAGUUUCAGCAGGAACCUCGACCAGUUCAACCCCAACAUCCCCGAAUGGCGGGAAGACGUCGGGCAGGUUGUGACCAGGAUCCUGGCCAAGAUCACUGGGAUUCCACAGGAGUCUCUGGUUACCACAGUGAGGCCGGGUCUACCAACCACAGCGGACCUGUAUGUGCUUCCGAUUGAGAGCAAAACAGCCAAAAGGAGUGUGUUUGUGGAUAAGAGGGUCCCUGCCAUAAAGCAGGCCUUCAACGAGAACAACGUCAGCUUCAUAGUGCGGGGGGGUCUGGUGGUGCUGGUGACCCUCGCUGACCCCGACUCAGCCUCCCAGGGGGGUGUGGCAGGGCCGGGGGUUUGGGCUCUGGCUGUCAUAUUUGUUAUCAGCCUCGUUGCUAUUGGAGCUUUCAUCCUUUACAAGUUUAAGAGAAAACUCCCUGGGAGGAACGUCUACGCGCAGAUGCACAACGAGAAGGAGCAGGAGAUGACCAGCCCUGUCAAUCACAGCGAGGACACACAGAACAUCAUCCAGGGGGAGGAGUUUAUUGAUGAUGACCUCGACUCACAGACUCUAGGUAACGCAGGAGGUAACCACUCGGGCGUGGUGCUGAGUAUCAACUCGAGAGAGCUGCACAGUUACCUGACCAGCUGAUGGCUGCGGGUCGGCUGAAGAGCACGGACUCUGCCCACUCCCUGUUUUACUAUACACCAGUCCACUCCCAAAACGUCCGCAAAGGAGGGAACCCCGAGACCAUUUCUGCACCACAGUACUACGGCAACCAGUCCUUUCUCUCGCUCUUCCUGAAAAGCACCGGGAUCCUCCGUCAGUUGUGGAGCGUCCGAGGGACUGGGAGACCCCACCCGUACCCGUGUCUGUACCUGUGUUCCCACCAGCUCCCCACCGAUCCGUAUUUAAUUUGACACCGCACAGUGAGGUCAUGUGAUCUGCUUUUAUUUGCCAUGUCUGCACAAGCCAGCGGUCUCUACCUUUUUUUUUUGUCUUGUGUUCUCUUCUCUUUCUGUUUCUCUUUCACACCCCCUCUCUCUUGCUCUCAUUUUCCGUCCCUGUUUCUUGUGCCCUGUAUAUUUGUCUUCUCUCUCUUUCCGUCUCCCCUCUGACCACACCCUGUUCAGCUUUGUCCUGUCUGGUCCUACACGUCUGACCAGGAGGCAACCUUCCCAGCUAUGACCGAAACAGAAGCAUAGCCAGAGCAGGUCAAUGAGGAAAUCCAAUCAGGAGCCAAAGACUGUUGCUAAAACUCCAAAACACGCCUUCGGCUCUGUUUCGGUCAUAGCGUGAAAUUGCACCACCGAGGCAUUAACCUGCUUUUCUGGGUGUACAGGCACACAU